AAUCUGGCGGCCAGCAUGCGCGGUCAGAAGACUUGACACCGCGUGCCGGCAGCGUUUUUCCACGAGAUCAGGUGUCUCACAAAGACGUGCUCUCAUAGUAGACCUCCUGGAGUAUGACAGUUUCAAUCCCGAUGCCGCUGGCGAGACGGAGGAAAAUGUCACCGUGAAUGGAUGGGUACGGUCUGUGAGAAAGCAGAAACGGAUCGCCUUUGCUCACAUCGGGGAUGGGACGACUACCAAACCUCUACAGGCUGUGUUGAAGCCUGAGCAGGCGGCAAGUCUUUCGUACGGAUCCGCAGUGCAAUUGACUGGAGCAUGGACACCAUCACAAGGAGGGAAGCAAGCACGCGAGUUGCAGGUGUCCGAUGUUGAGGUUCUAGGAGAGAACCAUGCGGAAAGUAACCCAGUCCAACCAAAGUAUCAGACGCCGGAGUUCUUGAGAACUGUCCCACAUCUGCGCCCACGGAUACCAUCCAAUGCUCUGCUUCUCCGGUUGCGAUCCCAAGUCAUCAGCACCUUAACACAAUUUUUCGACAACCAAGAUUUUGUGCAGACACAUACCCCAAUCAUUACCUCCUCGGACUGUGAGGGUGCUGGUGAGGUGUUUACCAUCUCAGCUAAUGACUCCAAGCAGUCGGACCAACCUAGCAAGCAUGAAGGAAAAGACGUGGUCGAGCACUUCUUUCGAUCACCAAAGUACCUGACCGUAUCUGCCCAGCUCCAUCUCGAAGCGCUUGCGCAAGCUGUUGAUCGUGUCUGGACGUUAUCGCCAACCUUUCGAGCGGAAAGGAGCGACACCCCUAGACAUUUGAGCGAAUUUUACAUGCUUGAAGCGGAAGUAUGCUUCGCAAAUGACAUGGCACAAAUCAUGGAUCUGGUUGAAGCAAUGCUGCGCACUGUCGCGGGCUAUCUUGUGGCCUCGAGAGUUGGCCAAGAACUUCUCGAAGCAAGGCAGUCAACGGGCGAUCAGCAAGACAGAGAUGACACUGUCACGACCGAAGUGCUUCAGCAACGCUGGCACGGCAUGGCUUCUCAGGACUGGCCGCGUAUCACCUACCACGAGGCUGUUGAGCAGUUGCAGAAUGCUGUGGCAAACAGCGAAAUCACGUUCGAGUUCAAGCCUACCAUCGAGGACGGGCUGCAGGCCGAGCAUGAACGCUGGCUAGCGACAUCAGUCGGCAAAGGCUCGCCUGUCUUCGUGACAGAUUAUCCUGUUGCUCAGAAGCCAUUCUACAUGGCCCCAUCGAACUCGACAGCCAACAGCAGAGGCGCUUCGAACACAGUCGCCUGUUUUGAUCUGCUCGUGCCAGACCUGUGCGAACUAGCCGGAGGUUCGAUGCGUGAGUACCGCUCGCAAGAACUACUCGAGACCAUGAAGUCGAAAGGAGUCGCUGGAAAUAAUCUGGAAUGGUACCAGGACUUGCGUAAAUGUGGCAGUGUCCCACACGGAGGAUUCGGACUGGGAUUCGAUCGACUGCUAUGCUACCUUAGUGGCGUGAGCAGUAUCCGCGAUAUCGUUGCCUUUCCCAGAUGGUAUGGGCGUUGCGACUGUUGACGGAGAAUCAAAAUGCACUGCGGACCAUGUAUCAACAGUAACUGGCAAGAUCGCGAGCGAAGUAGACAUAGAGUUGCGUAACAAAUACGCACGCCAGACGUUCGGAG